AAAACAGAAAUUUUUAAUUUUAAAGAAAAACAUAUGUUUAAAAAAUUUCUGAUUAACAACUGAAAAAAUUCUUAUUAACAAUACAGCUAAUAGUUUAUUCACCAAUCAAACAUUAUUGUGUAUGGCUUAUUUUGCAUAAACCACACUUGUUCCGUAAAUACUUUUAUCCCGUACUUACCACGGUUUACACUAUCAAAUCAUUACUUUCGCACUACCAAAUCCGCAGUUCGGACCCACAAUAUAACUUUGGUCUGAUCAAACUUGUUCAACUAAUUUUUUUUGGGCAAACUGAAAUUGGUGACGUGGCUGCUAGCUUCGUAUGGAUAACUUGGCAAAGGUCAGAAGAAAAUUAGGAGAAAAGGCUUUGAGCAGACAGAACCAUGUCCAUGGAGCUCUGCGUUCUCGGACCUCUCCCCGGUCGGAGUUUCGCAAUCGCCAGAAAACCUAAUCUCUUGCUUCUCCGACCAACGACUCCCCCUCUUCUCCGUAUCUCACUCCCGCUCUCUCUUUCUCAUUUGUCCUCUUCUUCUUCGUCUCCUCGUCUCACAUCGCCCAUAGUAUUCGCUGCGCAGGAGAGUAACUUGAGUGUAUCGAAUGAGAGUGAAACCAGUGAGUGGGUGAUGCAAGAUUUCUAUACAUUGAGGAAAGAUGUUGAAAUAGCAUCAGCUCGUGUUGAAGAGAUUAGAGACUCAGCUGGUUUGCAGCAACUUGAACAAGAGAUUGCUAAUUUGGAAUCUAAAGCUACUGAUACCUCUUUUUGGGAUGACCGUUCCAAAGCUCAAGAAACGCUUUCCGCUUUGAAUGAUCUUAAAGAUCGUAUGCGGCUGCUUUCUGACUUCAAAUCCAUGGUUAUGUUCGGUCUCUUAUUGAUGGUUUACAUAUCUAAGUUCAUGUUUAUGAUCUUUAUAAUUGCGGAUUUUGAGAUAAUUGACAAGAUGAGAUGGUGCUCGGGGUACAAAGUUUCUGUGAGGUGGGGUUUUUGGAGGAAAGUUUCCUGA